AUGGCAAAACGGGAACUCCGACGGAGUCUAAAGUCGGAAAUAGAUAAUCUCUUCGCAUCACCGGAAACUGCAGAAAACGAAUUUCAACAAGCCACAAAACGUCAGAAAAGAGAUGACAGUGAAUCUAGUAGUACACCAAAAAGCAGUGGAAGUUCGCAACCUUUUGAUCCGAACAGACCGAGAGUGACACUUCAUUUGAAUCGAUUAGGAAACAGUUUUAGAAUAGAUUGUGAAACUCUUGCCCAUUUCAUUCACUAUACUCUUUUUGGAAAUUCGCUAAUGAAACCCCGAUGGACAGCCAUUGCCAAUCAUCGCAACAUCCCUCAAACUCUUGUGAUUCGGAUAAAUGUACAGGAGGAUUUUUUUAUGACAACUAACCUAAAAUUUCUGAACGAUUUUUUCGAAAGACGAUGGAUUGAACUGGAUUCCGAGAUAAGCGAUCGUAGUCUGUUCUGGAAUAGUAUGAUGAACGUUCGGUUGACACUGCAAGAACAGGUUCGGAGAAAGUCUGAGAAGAUGCAGAAGACGUUUGACAUUCUCGGAAAACAUGACAAGUCGAAUUUCAUUCUGACUACUGCACAACUCGCUGAUAGAGGUUUUCCGUUUCCUGGAGAAGAAGGCAUUGUGCCGACGAAGCGCAGAUACAAAAAACUGUCACCGUCCUCUCCAUUGUUCUCCGUGGACUGUGAGAUGUGCGAAACUACAACUGCAAAUCGAGCUCUGACUAGAAUUUCCAUCGUCGACGAAGAACAGAAUACGAUCCUGGAUACUCUCGUAAAACCUGAUGGAGAUAUCACUGAUUAUGUCACUCGAUAUUCUGGAAUAACCGAAAAAAUGAUGGAGGGUGUGACGACGACGUUAGCAGAUGUACAGAAGGCAGUACAGAAUUUGUUGCCUCCAGAUGCGAUUCUUGUUGGACACUCAUUGGAAUUUGAUCUCCGAGCGAUGAGGAUGACACAUCCGUUUUGUAUCGAUGUUGGACACACUUUGAACUACACUAACAGCGCGAAUGGAGGAAGGAAUAGCCUGAAGAAUUUGUCUGAAUUCUUUCUCGGAGUACAAAUCCAAACCAAGUUCGGUCACUGCUCUUAUGAAGAUGCUUGGGCAGCAAUGCGUUUAGCUCAACUGAAGAUAGAAAAAGGAUUGAUGUUCGGAAACACAAGUUUCGGAUGGAAGUAUUCAAGAGAUGCCAAUGGAGGCGUUGUUGAGGAAGCUUUGCAAACAGAAGUGGUAUCAACAGUUCCUUGCUCUGGAUGCACCCAGCCGACAGUUGUUGGAUGUACUGUUUUGAAUUGUCGAUGCCGAUUCGUGAAUGGUCCAUCGAAAUGUGUUCAUUGUGUCAAAUUAGGAGAAAGCAUCGAAGGCGACUUUGACUGGCAAGAUACUCUUGAUUUAGAUUUGGACAAAACAACUUCUCCGAUCGAAAGCUAUUUGAAGAAAGACAAAAUGACGUCACUAAUGUGUGCAUUUGAUAAUUCCUUUUUGGAUAAAUUACCUACAUUUUCGAAAAAAAUCCGAUCAAAGCAAUCAUCGUCUUUCCCGUCCUACGAUUCUUUUAUCAACAGUGUUGCUUCGGAAAUGUUAAAUGAUAGUGGAAUUUUUCUUGAAAUCGAAAAGGAACGCGUUGAGCCGUUAGAAGAUUCAGCAGACGAGACCGGCGACGUUUUCGACAAUUCGGAAGGCCUGAACACGAUGCUCGAAAAACUUGUGGGCGCAACAACUAGAAACUCGUUGGUUAUAAUAAUUGCUUCGAGUCCCAGCAAGAAUAUUCUAUUUAAUAGAAUCAAAUAA